GACAUACCUUCUGUAACAGCACACCAACACCAUGCUGAUCUGUGUAAAAAAGCUAAAAUUAGCCUUGGCAUGUCAACAUAUUGUAAAAAUGAUCUGGUGAUAUUAUCCUACCAUGACAGUUAACAGUUAUGCCACUGGUAUGACAAUAAUAUCACUAGCUAACUAUUACAGAGUUGUCAUUCAGCAAUAAAGUGAAGUGCAUCACAGCCUAACAAAACUCUGGUAAGGAAAAUGCAUUUUUUUUUACUGCAUUUGUCAGUGAGAGUGACACAGACACACACACAUAGAGGGGGUGAAAGUUUAAACAAAAUGUGGAUCUGAUUCAUGAUUUUGAGCACUUAAAACAUGUUUGACUAACUAACUAACUAACUAAUACAAAUGGGACAGUAAUCAAAUGUAUCACAACAGAAAAGUGCGUGCUGGCGCACCAACAGUAGGUAGAUUUAGCCAACCUCUUUCCCCUCUCUUAGUGCCAUAUUAAGCCCCUAUUACGAGCUAGCUAGCUAACUAUGAUAGUUGGAUAACUACAGCAAGUUAGUUAGCUAGUUAGCAAACCAGCUAGCUAUGCUUUCCCACCUUGUUUACCUAUUAGGUAAAUUAGCAUCUGACUGCAGGUAACGUUACCCAGAGUAGCUAACGUUAACAUUAGCUGCUAGAGAAAAAAUUGUUUGCUAAUGUUAGCUAGCUAGCUACAUAACUAACGUUAGUUAGCUACACGCGCACACACCAAUGACUAGCUAAUCACCAACAGUAGCUAGCUAUCUAGGUAAAUACAUUUGGCCAACUCAUUGUCCUCAUCUCCCCUUCUUAGUGGCUUAUUAAUGCCACUCUCUCACAAACUAUGAUUGCUAGCUAUUUAGAAAGCUAGUUAACCCAUACAGCACGUUAGAUAGUUAGCAAAUCAGUUAGCUAUGUUUUCCCGCCUUGUAUCUAGCCAAAGAUAUUUAGCUAUCCACUUCUGUCUGUGUUGUAACAUUAGCUAGCAAGCAUCUUCAUUCUAGGGAAAAUACUACAGAAAAUAAUAGUUUACGACCUGAACAGAUUACAAAAUGUUUAUAAAAUGAUUCUGACAAAAAUUUCCCCACACUUGCUUGUCCUCAACAUUUUGAAAGUCGUCGCUGUGCUGUGUGGCUACUGUGUGGUCGCGAGAGGGGAAAAUGGCGCAAAUGGCUCAAAGUCGUGUGUCCCCCUAGCACAUGCGCAGUAACGUUGUCAAAGAAGAAAUGGCGGUUAAAAUAUUGAAUUCAAAUUGUUAUAAAUUCAGUUGUUAAAUUGUGCACUCAUUAGAUUACAGGCCAUUUUCUGUCAUAUUCUGCCUAUGUCAGAACAUCUGACAAUUUAACAAGCUACAUUUGUAGGAAAAAUAGUGGCCAUGAUGGAUGGAUCUGAUAUCGCCCAUAAUUCAACGUCCAUGAACGUCACGUGCUGAGUGGGGUAGCUCUCCAGGAACAGGGUUGGAGAGCCCUGUUCUAUCAUGACACACUGUUCAAUAGGCUACAUCUGUGGGUACAAACUUUGAUUGAGGAAAUGAUGCCUUCGUUUACAUUUAGAAAAUGUGGCACUCCCUCACAAAAAAAUUGCACUACACCACUGGAUCCAUUGCCCCGCGCUAGCUCCGCUGAAAUGCAAGUCCCUGCUCCCAGCUUGGCUUGGCUCCAGUGCUAUUGCGCAUGUACUUCUAGGCUCCUGAAACUGGAACUAGCAAAAUGUCAGCCCCUGAAACCGGAACUAGCAAGAUGUCAGCCCCUGAAACCGGAACUAGCAAGAUGUCAGCCCCCACGAAUCGGCAUAUGUGACCAUGAGUAGAGUACGAUGAAAACAAUGGUUGGCCAUCUUGGAGGCUGUCUCUAGUUCUUAAUAUAGCUCAGUGGAUCCAAUUACGCGCUGCCUGUCAUUGACAGACGGGACCAAAAAGUCCAGAACCGUGAUUAGAUAACAUCUCCAGUUGGAAUUCCACACACAUCACAGGACAGGGAAAUGCCGCAUGAGUACAGGUACCAUCUUUUGAGGAAUUUUUAGCUUUUCAUCUGAAUUUUUCGUUUCCAUUUUACUAAGGAACAAACACGACAAUGGGACUGUGCUAUAGCCUGCGUCUUAGUCUUGACGAACCCGGUGAUACCGAGCAGCCGGCGGACUCCUCUGUACGGUUACGCUCCAAGGACCUUGACCACGAGGAUACAGAGGCAUAUAAUGACAUGACACGGCUCCAUAGUUGUUGGUGUCGCCGCGGCGGCCCUGGCAAAGGCAAACCAUCAGCAGGAGAUGCCCGUCGAGGGGACACGACUGACGGCGUGCCCAUACAGAAUGGGGGCGGCGGGGGAGCAGACCGCAGCCAGCAGCAGCAAUUGCUGCAGAAAACGCUCAGCAAACAGAAACAGAAAAACUUGGACAAAAAGCUAUCAGAGGAGAAGGAGGUAAAAAAACAGGCGAAGAAAGUCAGUAAACACAUUGAUCAAACUCUGAAGGAACAACAACGGGAAUACGAGCAGACGCCUCGUCUGCUUUUACUCGGGGCCGGAGAGUCUGGGAAAAGCACGAUUGUCAAGCAGAUGCGGAUUCUGCACGUCAAUGGCUUUAACGCAGAAGAAAAGAAACAGAAGGUCCUGGACAUUCGGAAAAAUGUCAAGGAUGCCAUUGUGACGGUGGUUUCAGCGAUGAGCACGUUAAUACCCCCAGUUCCAAUAGGCAAUCCAGCGAACCAGUCCAGAAUUGACUACAUCAAAAGUAUAGCACCUCUCUCGGACUUCGACUACACAGAGGAGUUCUUCGAGCAUGCCAAGCAGCUGUGGGACGAUGAAGGCGUGAAGGCUUGCUUCGAGCGCUCCAACGAGUACCAGCUCAUCGACUGCGCACAGUACUUCUUGAACAAAAUUGAGUCGGUGAGGUCGAAUGACUACACACCAACAGAUCAGGACUUGCUUCGCUGCAGAGUUUUGACUUCAGGGAUUUUUGAAACAAGAUUUCAAGUCGACAAAGUGAACUUUCAUAUGUUUGAUGUAGGUGGCCAGAGAGACGAGAGGAGAAAAUGGAUCCAGUGCUUUAACGACGUGACGGCCAUCAUCUUUGUGGCGGCAACCAGCAGUUAUAACAUGGUCAUAAGGGAAGACAACAGCACCAACAGACUCAGAGAAUCACUGGAUCUCUUCAAGAGCAUCUGGAAUAACAGGUUUCUACGGACCAUUUCAGUCAUCCUGUUCUUGAACAAGCAGGACAUGCUGGCUGACAAGAUCUUAGCAGGGAAAUCCAAACUUGAAGACUACUUCCCCGAGUAUGUUCGCUAUGCAGUACCAGCUGAAGCCGUUCCAGACCCUGGAGAGGAUCCUAAAGUGACCCGGGCCAAGUUUUUCAUCCGAGAUGAGUUCCUUAGGAUCAGCACGGCGAGCGGCGAGGGCAAACACUACUGCUACCCCCACUUCACCUGCGCCGUGGACACGGAGAACAUCCGCCGCGUCUUCAACGACUGCCGAGACAUCAUCCAGAGGAUGCACCUGCGCCAAUACGAACUCUUGUGAUUGGUCGCAGCCCACCACCCAGUCAGCACUCUGCUAAUCCUGGCGCUGUUUGAUUCCACUCCCAAAACACAAGGCCCUGUUACCACGGGGACCAGGAGAACUACUGAAGCAUCACAAUGCUGUCAUUUUAUUUUCUCCUUCCUUUGUUAUUUUAUUUAUGGCCCAUCUUGACUUUUAUUUUGUAGGUAUAAGCAGGGAUGGGACGUUGUGUGAUGUGCCUCAUCUUUUAUUUCCAAUACCUUUAUUCUGCUCAUUCCACUAAAGCCUUUUUGUAGUUUUUGUUUUGAACUAGUCUUGUUCUUCUUCUGUCAUUUCUGUUGUUUGAUCUGGACCAGCUGAAGUUGUUGGAGGGUGUGGAUGUGUGAGAGAGUUGAGGUAUCUGAUGGACUCCUGUGUGUGUUGGUUCCAGAGUUGGCAACAACCUCCCAACACUCCUUUGGGUGGAUGAUUGCUUCUCUAUCUCUAUGAAGGGGUGGGUGGGGCGGGCAGCAGAUGUAUCAGGUAACUUAAUGCUGUCAAGGAAGUAUACACAUGAUGUAGCACCGUGAUAUUUAUUACUCUGUCACUUUUUGUUUAUUUUGUAUCGUUUUAUUGCAGGAUGAUGGAGAGCGAGACUUUCAGGCUGUAGAUUUAGCAUAGAGGGGGUGGGGCUUGUGGGAGACCAGGAGGAUUCUGGGAGUAUGAGUCCUAUGCAGCUCUGGCCGUAGGGGCAGCAGCAGCUUUCUGCCACGUGUCUAGAUGGAAAGAGAAAUACCACACUCACUUUGAUUUGCCCACAGACGGUCAUUUUUUACUUAGAUCCUCUUGGGCAAUAGUUCUAUAUAUUUUUUUUUGUUUGUUUGUUUAUUAUCUUGUACACUGUGCAAGGUUGAUUAUCUUGUACAGACUGCAAAAUGUAAUGUUAUUUUGUACAACUUUAUUGAGAGAAAAAACUACUUGUAGAAGAUCUUUGUGCCUUGAUAAUGGCUGUACCUGUAAAUUGAGCUCUGAUGUAUGUUUUUGACUGCGCUGUACAGCUUGAUGUCAAACUCUAUCUGACAGUAGAGACUGCAGGUAGGGCGUUUCUCUCUCUGUAGAGGUAAAUUUUUCUGGUUUAUAAAAAAGGAAAAUGUUCUUUAGAAAAAGGAGGAAAAAUUUGCGAGGGGUUAAAAAAACACACAAAAAUCCUGUAUACAUUAUGCAAAUGAACCACUUACCUACUGCAGUGACCCCAGGUCGCAGCCAGAGACAUGCCUUCAUCCUCCAUUCCUUUCAACAUUUCUAUUUUAUUUCUGAUUCUCAGCUUUAAUACAUUACAAGAUCCAUUGACGUGUACAAAUCGCAACCUGGCGUUGUUUUACUACAGUAGGAAGCAACUUUUUAGAUAUAAAGUGUGUAUGAGAUGUAUACAUACACGUGCCAGUAAAUGUGUGUGUGUGUGUGUGUGUGCUUCAAAGCAUGCAUGUACUGUAAAACACACAUGCACUCAUGCAUUGUACAUAUACAUUUUAUAUUAAUAUAUAUGUACAUAUACAUUUAUAAAGAUAUACAUAUUCUAUAAAUCUAUAUGUACAAUUAUAUAUAGUAAUGUGUGUGCCUAUGUGUAUACAUAUUCAUGUCUAGAACGUAUGUAUGCAUGCAUAGCAUAGGCAUCAACUUAUAUAGAAUGAGACGAUAUGAGAAAGUAGUGACACCUUGGUCAUCACAAUCACAACCAGCCCUUCACAAUGGGGCAGGUGUGAGCCCAGUUAGAUAGGCCGUUCUUUACGCUGAACAGCAGUCUAUUUUGAGAGCGAGGAGGCAGGAGUGAUACAACGUUUGUGUCAGGCCUUUUAAGGAAUACGGAAAAAUAUUUUUAUUUUAAUAAAGAGGCACAUCAGAAGACCUUUUUUUUUUUUUUUUGUUGGUUUGUCUAAACUGAAUGUGCGGGAAAAUAUAACAGAUUAUGUACACUUUGUAUAUGCAUAAAUUACAGUUACAAGAAACCCA